AUGUUGGAACUUAUUCGGCUACGGAUGAAAAGAAGAUUCAUUGAGCAUUUGAGCAUAGGAAAGCACUUUCCAUGGCACCGACUGCCACAGAAGUUGAAGGUCAGAAUUCUCCAGAAUCUCCGCCGGAGUGAUCUCGAAAAAUGUCAGUUAGUGAAUCGGGAGAUGUUGGAACUUAUUCGGCUACGGAUGAAACGAAGAUUCAUUGAGCAUUUGAGCAUAGGAAAGGACAAGGAAUUAGAGACGUUCGAAAUGGUUGUGGGUAACCUUCCAGAACUACUCAACAACGCUGAUGUACAUCGGUUUGAGCUUUGUGAGGUGCCGCUAUCGGACGAUGUUCUAUCGUCAGUCUUAUCGUGUUUACUGGACGCUGGCUGUCGAGUAUUCAAAGUGUGGAUUAUGGGAACGUCGAUGGCUUCCGUUACGUCUUCUGUGCUCCUUCGAUUCCUUCGAGAACCCUCUAUCAAGGGAAGCUGGUUCAGUUCAAUCAGCGAUUGCUCUCGGGAUAACUUUAGCCCGGAAGUUCUCCAAUUCAUUGUGACGAGGAAACUCGUCCUUUUGGAUUGUUUUCGCGGUUUUAUUCCGAUAUAUGACGAUAUACUUGCCAAACUUACUGCAGAACUUUUCGUUAUUGGUGCUCCAAACAUGAUCACCAUGAAGGUCUGA